GGCCGGGGCUGGCGGUGGUGUCGGUGCCGCGGGUUGUCUCGGUGCGGCUGAGGCGGCACGGGGCGCUGGGAGCGGGGCAGGGCGUGGCAGCUGCCCGGCCGUGCUGCUGCGUGUCCCCGCGGGGCGUCUCCUCACGCGGAGCCCCUCAUCGCCUCGUGAGGCCCCUCAGCCCCUCAGCUGCUGCCGCUCCCUGUGAGGGCUCUGACAGGACGGCUCCGUCCCUUGGCUCCCUGUGCCGCUCUGUGCGCCCCGCAGUGCCGGGCAGCCCAACCUUCUCCUCCCGGCUCUCCCUGAGCGGUGCCGGUUCUUUGCUGUGCCCGGCGCUGCAGCAGGAGCAGCCGUUGCGCUGUGCCUCAGCCCGCAGCGCUUUGUGCUGUGCGGGGCGGCUCACGCGUGUUAAUUGCUGUACAAUUAAAGAGCACGUCUGUGGGGCAGGGAGGUGUGUGGGACCUCAGCUCCUCCAGGAGCCGGUUCAUAAACGAGCCGUGCCAAUAACGCAGGGAGCCGAGUCAGACCCUGCGCGCAGCUGUGAGUCAUGGCGCUGGAGGCGCAUUGUUCGGAGCCUUUUGUGAAACAAACGAUACUUGGGAGUUUUCUGGAGCGACGGGAGCGAUUUGUCUCUUAUUCGUGCGUAGGAAGGAACUGAGUCAAUACGGCUCGAGAAUGUUAAUGCCCAGCGUGUAUCCGAGGGAGAUGCCCGCGGUUCUGCACUGGAACCUGCCCAGGGUCGCAGCCCCGAGGUCUCACAUACGUUCGGUGUAUUUGUGAAGAUGUGGAUACACCUUCUAACAAGAACACGAUGUUUUCAGUAGCGAAUCACCCUUCACGUUUUCUUUAUAUCCCUCUUUUGAAGCAUGAACGUUUCACGCGGCCAUCGUUUCAAUGCUGUUGUUCUUUGUAGGUUUCUCGGUUCAGUUUAUGAAGCCGAACUCGUUGGGGAGGUGCAAAGUGUAAUCACCUGGAAAUGGGAAAUUCCGUAACAGAUGAAUUUGAUGACAUGCAUGACGGCCCCGCUCAAUUAUCUGCAAAUUGAGUCAUGUUCUUACCGAUAAAUGACCUUUGGAUGUUGUUAGAGAAUUAAAUGUUGGAUAAAACUGUUAACGUGGUGCGGAUGGGGUGCGCUGCUGGCAGCGGGUCGCGUAGCUGCACUAAGCUUAGUGUUAAGGCUGAAAUGUGAGCAUGAAGUGCCUCCUAAGGAGCGGUAAAUAGCUCCUCUCAGAGCUGUUAAAGCCUUAGUUAAAAAGAGCGACCUGAGGGAAAUAUUUUUGUGUUGGGAUUCUAGAAUCAAAUCUGGUCAAGAGUCGUAAAGGGAAUCUUUGCUUUAGCAGGUGAGGGUUCCCUGGUGCCGGCUGUCUCUGUCUUGCAGCGCUCAUACUAAAGUUCCUCACCAGAGACAUGCGGAAGAAGUCAGCAGCUUAGAAAGUUGUAGGCUGAAGCUCUGUUUGAUGUAUCAGAGCUCCGUAUUAAAGAACCUCUGUUAUUUGGACAUACUUCAGUGCUGUGCUGCUCUGCAUGAGUCACUUUCUGGGUUUUAUUUACACGCUGUCUUCUCUGGUAUGAAAAUAUUUAGACUGUGAAGAAGUGCUUGUCUGGCUCUGUGGUUUCUGCUCAUGUCUGAUUUGUUUGUUAGGUGUGAGUAUUUCUUCCCUGUUUGUUAACCAUGAGCAUUUAAAAAUAUAAACCCAAAACUUUGCUUUGAAAGGAAUGCUCAUCCAAGAGUCUGACGUUCACAGCGAUGGAACUUGUAGGGCUGUGGGCUGACUCACUUCAUUCCUGCACAGAGCUCUGUAGCUUUACAGCUACGUAGCUGGCAAGAUGUGAAAUGUGGGCCAUUCCUUUGACCUCUGCACCAGAAUUAGUGUUUGCGAUAGCUAAUUUUUAUGUGCACAGUGCAGAAAUGAUUCACUUAAAAUGUUGCCCACCUGUUCUAUUGGCUUUUCACUGAUGGGGUUUAGAAGUGUCACUGAGUUGAUAUUUUGCACCUGUUAAGUGUCUUAUAACAAGGAUGUGAAAAUUUCCCCGCUAGAAUCCAUUUCUGCACCUCUGGCAUAAAUCUCCCACAUCGUUUGACUUUGGAAAAUUAUUUACCCAACUAUUAUAAUUCUUUCUUGUACCUCGAGGAAGAAGAGGCUCACACAACUGGGAAGAUGAAGUUGGCUUUGGAAAUCCACCCCAAUGCUCUGGCGUACUCCAUGACCACGUUGGGUGCCGGGAUGAUGAACAGUAUCUUUAAUUUUUACUAUGUCAAACUUUUCCUGAACCGAUACAGAAUUUCAGAAGCAGCGUUUCAUCAAGCACAGGUUGUAUUUAUGAUAUGGAACGCCGUUAAUGAUCCACUUUUUGGCUAUAUUCAAGAUAACUCCAAAUUGCCGUGCUGCUCCAGACGCCAGUUCUCAAUUCUCUACGGAGCUCCGUUAUACGCAUUAGCCUUUUUGCUUCCUUGGUUUCCUUGGAGAUAUUAUGAAGAAGGUGACUGGCUGAGUGGUCUUCACCUCAUUGUUGCAUUAUGUGCCUUUGAUGGGUUGCUGACUUUUGUGCUGCUUGCUCAGUGCGCGCUCUUUGCAGAAAUUUCAACAAGACAUGAAAGCAGGCUCCAGCUUAUAAAAUACAACCAAGUAGCAACGCUAAUCGGAUCGACAAGUGUUCUCUUUUGUGGCCUGAUAUCAGAUAAUAUGGAAAAUUUUGCUUAUUUUCAGGCUUUUGCUGUUUUGAUUGCAGCGUUAGCGACAGCUUGUAUGUAUUACACAGGCAAAUACAGUACCAGUCAGUAUGAGCAGAGAGGAUUUCCUGCUGAGGAUGCUGAUCAAGGAAAUGGUGACAGAGCUCUCUCCUGGUCCUCGGUAAUUUCAUUGACCAAACAGAUUAUGACAGAGAAAAACUUUGUGUUUUUUGUUACUAUGAACUUCUUCCAAGUUUUCCACUUGGCGUUCUGCAACAAUUUCAUGAUGAUCUUUGCGGAUAACCUCAUUCCUCGGGAUGUCCUUUCUUCUUCUAUAAGAAGCAUCAUGUAUGGAGCAGGCUUCAUUUGUCCUCAGUGCCUUGUUCUUCUCAGCCACACGUCGCUGAAGAAGUUUGGUUAUUACAGGAUCAUCUUGUUUUCCUUUUACUUUGAAGGAGCAGCUGCUGCUAUCAUGUUUGUUCUAGGACCAGGACAUUAUUAUCUCUUGGCAUUUUAUCUCACAACAAACAUGGUAAUUGUACAAGCUUCGUUUAGUUUGUUCAAUUUGCCUUUGGCGGAUAUUGUUGAUGCAGAUUUAAUGAAGCACAAGCGAAGAUCACCACUUUCCUCUAUGGUUUUUGGUACCAAUGCUUUAUUUACCAAGCCUGCCCAGUCUUUGGCCCCAAUGCUUGUGGUUACAAUACUGAAUCAAUUUGGUUAUGAGAACCUGAAUAAUGAAGUUGCUCAGCCUGAUCCAAGUCUGUUUGUAGGUCUUCAUGAUGCCAUGUUCUAUUUGAUCUGUCUGGUUCCACUUGGCGUUGCAGUCAUACAGAUCCUGACGUGGACUCCCUUUUCAAUCCAGAAUAGUCAUAUGACGGCUGCACACUGA